AUGGAUGGACAGCAACCAACAACUAUGUCGGCAUUUGUGUCACCAGUCACUCCACAACAACAGUUGUCGAUGGAUAGCAUUCAGCAAAUGAUUUCUAAUACACAGCAACAAGCAACAAUGACUCCAAUAUCUAUUCAUUCAGCUGCACGAAUGCAGACAUUAGAUCAAAUACCAGGUCAAACACAGACGCCAGUUCCAGUGCAAGCUGUACAAUCUACUCGACCAUCGUAUUUCAUUCCUUAUCCACAAGUCGGUAUCGAGCCUGUUCCAAGUCCUAUUGUCAAUGCAUUUGACAAGUCUGGUGAUAAUCAAUUGAAAUGGUUUGCUACUCCGCCUAUUGAUGUGGUGAGCAGUUCUAAACCAGCUCUUCAUACACUCGACUACUUGUAUGAAAAGGCACAACGGAAACAAGCCGCUAUGGUUUCUUCAACUGCACAUGUGGGAGUCGAAUCUCAAUCUAAUAGUGUGACGAGAAUGGAUGUCGACAAGAUCCGAGUUGAUAGUUUGCACAAACCAGACCAAGUCGUCGAUCAUGCUGAUUCAACACGACAGGUUUUAGAUGCACUGACAGCUGCUUGGCUUGAGGAUGCGAAUGCCUUGAAAGGUCGUUAA